UCUAGAUAUACAUCCCCAAUCCACGUAGACUAAACCUACAAGGUCCCCAAUCACCAAGUACCUUGUAAUACAUCAAUCAAUCCGUUCCCUCCGCUGCAUGGUAAGAUGCAAUCACAUGACCUCUUAUCUAUCUAAUCAACACCCCGAUAACCACCAUCAUCCAAAUCCAAAAAAAUUUCAGGCGCAGACCAGCACCACCAGCAAUCUUCCUUCCCUCCAACAUAAAUAUCACCUCAAUCUACACAUACGUCUAACGAGAAACAACUCCCAACAAACCCCUUAAUAACAAAUCCCUCCAAUUCCUCCCCACCAACCACACAACCACCACUACACCCACCUCCGACCCCGCCCCACCAUAUCACAACCAAAAUGGCCACCACCCAACAACCCCCCCAAACAGCAACCCAAUACCUCGACCUGGGGAUAACCCUCGCGAUCAAUGCCUGGCCAGCCCUCACAUUGGCCGUGCAAUCUAACUGGGGCGGCCCGACCUCCUCCGACAAGCGCGACUGGCUCUGCGGCGCCAUUUCGGAGAUGAUCCAGGAGCGACCCGAAACGGACGCCGAGGAUCUCGAGGACGUGCUUAUUCAGGUGAUGAACGAUGAGUUCGAUGUCGUGGUGGAUGAUGAGAGUGCCGGCAUGGUUGCCGUGCAGAUUAUGGAGAUGAAGGGGCAGACGGAGAAGGGCGAGUUCGGGGCCAUCCAGGAGAUGUGGGAGAAGUGGCAGAGUAAGAAGGGUGCUGCUUCGGGAAUUGAGGGGUUCAAGAGAGGGGAGGACCAGGAGGAUGGUGAUGAUAGUGAGGAGGAUGAGGAUGAGGAUAUGGAGAUGGAUGAUGCGCCGGCGCCGGCGUUGGUGAGGGCGCCGAGGGAGAAGGUUGAGCCUGAGGUGGAUGAGGAUGGGUUCAUGACUGUUGUUUCGAAGAAGAGGAGGUAAAUUUCUGUUUUUUAUAUUCUUUUCUUCUUUUAAUGAUGGGAAUGUUUGUUCUUCAUUGGUAUUGUUAAAAGUUGUUUGUUCGUGCUGGUGCUGGUUGAUUCCCCAUAGAAUAGACGCCUUGUUUCAUGUAUUCUGGCUGUUUGUCUAUGCUACAGCUGUGUGAUUCAUGCGUGCAGUGAAUCUUUUUGACUAUCCAAAUCAUGAAAAGCAGUAGAAUGCGUGAAAUGAUAGCAAUGAGAAUUUUAUUGCAAAACCAACAAGCAAGGGAAUGCAAAAUCUAUAGGAAA